GACAGGCAUGCAGAUCUUGUGAGUUGGAGGCCAGCCUGGUUAGUCUACAAAGCGAGUUCCAGGACAGCCAGAGCUACACAGAGAAACCUGUCUUGAAAAACAAACAACAACAAAAAUGGACAUGGUAAUACACACCUUGAGUCCCAGCAUUUGGAAAAUAGAUGCAGACUCUGUGAGUUGUUCCAGGCCAGCCUGUCUACAUAGUUAACUCCAGGCUAGCCAGAGUUAUAUAAUGAGACUCUGUCUCAAAAAGCCAAAAUAAAUAAAAAAGAUGAAAAUACUGUAAGUAAACUGAAGACAUGGUAGCUGACUCCGCUCAUUCCCACAGAAAAAAAAUAAACACUAUAAAAAUGAAAAUGUAACUGAAACCUGGCCUGGUGGCAUGGGCCUGUUAAUCCUUAUACAGGAAGGAGGAUCCAGAGUUUAAGUCUAAGCCUUAGAAUGAGUUCUAGGAAAGCCCGGGCAACUCAGACGCAGAGAGAUCUGCCUACCUCUACCUUCUGAGUGCUGGGACUAAAGGCAUGUACCACUAUGUCCCAAAAUAAUAGCUAUUUUUGAUUCCUAGUCUACUAUAGCCCGUUAGCAGACAUGCUACUUUGUUGUUCACAACUUCAAGUGAGUAUGAAGACUUGUUCCCUUUGACACAUGCACAAACGGAGAUUUAGAUUAAGCCAUCCGUUUGAGGAUAGCCUGUAGUUAGGAUAAGAAGCUGGGUUCAAAGUCAUGUCUGAGUGGUGCUUGCCAUUAUCUUUAGGUACUGUCUCUCACUGUACUGCUCUCGGAGGUUUUUCUAGGCCGUGGAUUUCAGGUUAUUUUAAAGGACUAGGUGGUCAGAGUCUUGCAGCAUGUUUACAGUCACACGUCAGCCUUGAAAGCGAAGUGGGCUGUGGCUGGACGGCAGAGGCCAGCACUGAGGUUCCGGAAGCCUAGAGGGAGAAGCUGCGGGAGGUGGGGCCAAGGGACUACCCAUCCCAGCAUUCCGCGGGCUCCUCCCUGCGGAGCUCACGUCACGUGGGCGGGACAGGCGACAUUCUGCCGUGGCGGCUGGGGGUUGCAGACCAGCGCUGUGGAGCGGGAGGAACAACCUUGUCGCCGCUGAUCCAGACUGUCCCAUGAUUUAAAAUUUGGCUGGAAUUUGUAUGUGACGCAUUCCCAGACCUUCCUGCAAGCUCAACGCCAGCUCCUUCUGUGACUGGGUCCAGAUACAGGUCCUUUCAAGACUGACUUCAUUGGAUCUACUGGCAAGGACCCCACCAGGUUUUCCUGACCUACUACGUCACUGUAAAGAGCCAUCGGGCAGGAGGACCAGCAUCAACAGAAGACGCACUGGUCUGUCAGCGCCUCUGCUUCACCAGGCAUAAUAACCUUACCAGCAGUGCGGAGUACCUUGUGGGACACCAUCACCCGCUGAUACUGCUGCUGCUGCUGCUGAACAGUUCAGACUAGAGGUCUGGCUUUCCUUAAGACGCUGGGAUUUGAAGGAGCUAUUCUGUGAUCUGUGCUUCUAGUAAGUGACUGAUAGUAUUCUAGACUGGACUGGUCUGUGAGUACAGAGACUGAGUUGCAAUUAAGUGAAAAAUAGAAUACAAGAUCUUGAAGAACUGCACUGAGGUGCAAGCCAGAUUUAACACUCCAGUGCUGUGAACUGAGAAGUUGCUAAGGAAACCUGUCACAGGACUGAUUGUCGCCGCUUACUGCCUUUCUCUCUGUGUCGUUGUUGCCUUUUGCUGUUACACUGCUUGUGCUGUCUUUCUAAGCCCAGAUGUUCUCCGAUAACUCCCACUGCCCUGACUGUGGGCAGCAGUGGUUCCCUAGUUUAGAACUAGGGCAUUGGUUAUACCAAACUGAACUUGUUGAGAAUGAAUGUUACCAAGUGUUCUUAGACCGUAUUAACCGAGCUGAUUAUUGUCCUGAAUGCUAUCCUGACAAUCCUGCUAAUAGAAGCCUUGUUCUGCCUUGGUCUUUCCCACUUGAGUGGGCACCUCAAAAUCUCACCAGGUGGACCUUUGAGAAAGCUUGCCACCCAUUUCUUCUGGGUCCGCCACUGGUUAGAAAAAAGAUACACGACUCCAGAGUAGCUGGUUUUAAUCCUGCAUUACAGUUGAUCUUGACCAGAACAGACAAAACCUUAAACAAGAAACUUGGCCAAAGCAAGUGACUUCUGUAACAGAAUCAUGAACUCUUCCAGGGCUUUGUGUUCAUAGCCUAGGGGAGAUGAAUAGUAACUUGUUUCUGUUUUCUUUCUCUUUUUCUUUCUCUCUUAAUUUUUUUUAAGGUGCUGGGGAUUGAAUCUGGGUGCCCUUAUGCAUGCUAGGCAAGUGCUCUUCCACUGAGUUUAACCCGAGGCCCCUCUAAAUCCGACUCAGACUGUCACUACUUGGUCUACUGCUUGACUUGUUGGGUCUGCUUCUGCGAUCUAUGCAUUUUGUUUUUUGUUUUUAGCAUAAGUUUAGUCAGUAUUGCAGACUAUUUACCUAGAACCAAACUAACCUGUAGUCCAGACAAAUGCUUUAGAACUAGAUUGCCCCUCCUAAGUAUUGACGAGAUAAUGUGGGCUGGAGGGGAGGCCCCACGCUCUAUGCCCCAUUAACUUUUUCUAACAGCAACUUUUAUGAGAACACAUUCUUGUAGCUGGAUUCUAGAUUAUUCUAGUAAAUUUUAAUACACUACAUUGUUCUAGAUUUCUCCUCUUAGACAUUGAUCAGUAGUGAGAGAGAUGUGUAUGUUUAUAAAAUUUUUUCACAUAUAUAUUGACACUUUUAUCCUCAGCAUAAGUGUUACAGUGUUGAUAACUGGUCCUUUCACAUUCUAUUUGUCAAUACCUACAGAGGUUACAAAAAAGGGUUGAGAAUGCUGCCAGUUUACACUUACUUGUCUCUACAUAACCAAAGACUGCUCUGUCUUGUGGUGACUGAAUUUAACGCCCUCCUAUGGAAAUGGAAAAAUAACCUGUGCUAUGAAAUUCAGAACAAAUGGUAAAGCUUGACUCCAUAUAAUUUAAGAAUAGUCUAGUGGAUGCUUUUGAUAUAAGAAUGUGUUGCUGAGCAUUGGCCACAUUCUGGGGUUCUCCUGUUCAUGGAAAUCAUGGAAUCAGAUUUGGAGUUAAGCAACUAGAAAAAGCUCCUGGGAACAUCUGAGAAGCCACUGAACAAUUUUUAAAUCCCACUUAAGAUUCUAGGUGAUCCAGUGCUUGUGUAGCAGCGAAAAUGUCGUCAAGGACCUGGUUCUUCUCUUUGCUCCCCUGGAGUUCUUAGGGGGGUUGCCUUUUUUUCAUAGUUCUUCUUGAAAUGAGUUCAGUUAUGCUUUGUUGUGCCAGACUGUAGGGGCACGUGGCUUUCUUUCUUACAAGUCUUAAUUUGGAAAUAAAAUCUUUCUGAAACGUC